AUGCAUAAAUCUUAUCAACCAACACUUCCAGCUGCUAAUCGACUUCUUCAAAAGAAAUGGGAUGAUAAAUAUUUUUCAGAACAUCGAAUUUUGGUACGUGAUGCUCGACCAAGUAUUGAUACACGUCCACCACGAACAUACUUGCAUCUUCAUAUGAAAUUGAAAAAACUUCAGUUAGCAGAAGAACGUACAGCAACAAUUGAACGUGAUAAUCGUAUAUUAUUAGAAAAAAUGUCUACUAUUAUGCGUACAAAUAGUAGUCUUGAUAAUCGCAAUAAUUAUGUUGGACAUAGUCUCAAUCAAGAAAAACGUCGUCGAGAAUUAUUACGUGUAUCAAGAGAAAAUUCAACUAUGCUUAAAAGAAUUGUAGAUCGUAAACCUGAAUUUAAUCAAAAUGAUUGGUCAACAAGUUGGUCAAGAAAUUUAUCAUAUCUAGAUAAUAUAUCUAAAUAUGAACUUGAUUGGAAUGACUCCAAACCAAGUAGCCGUCAAAUGCAUAGUCGACAACAAUCAUCAAGACGUGCUGCAAGUGCACCACGAGCAAGUUACAGAGAAUAA